CUACCUAUUCUUCUUGGUGUAUCAGCACUUGUUGCCUUUUUCACAGCGUAUGGCUUAGCAGUCAAAGAAAAGCAUGUGGAUUCACUUUUCCCUUACAUAAGGUAUUUCAAAAAGYAUGCAUGUAAUCCCUUUUUCAUAAUAGUCUCAUUCACAGUUCCCUGCGCCAUCUUGAWAGGUAGUCGUGCGUUUGCAUUGAAUGAAGACAACCCUUUUGUUGCUAUGUACAUCCACUAUAAACACAUCAAAGAGUUCAAUAUUACCCAGAUGCCAAUGGUUCAGAAAGUUAACAACUUCUCCUUAUGGCUGGCGGCUUUUGCUUGCCUAGGAAUGUCCAUGGUAGCUAAUUUUCAGUAUGUAAACAGCGCUAUUCCUCAUUUGAUUGGUGCCUUUAUGGUAUUUGGUCUUGGUAUAUUGUAUUGCUGGCUUCAGAGUUACAUCUCACACAAGAUGAGGUCCCUAGGAAUGAGCUCCACGUUGACAACAGUGACCAGAUCCAUACUGUCCUUACUUGCUACGAUCUUCUUUCUUAUUACCUCUAUUGCUGGUCCAAUCUCAAUGUCACAAAGAGCCGAUAGUAAAUCUGGCGGCAACAGUUCUACAGUACAACCCCCAACAAGCGCAAGUCACUGGAAUGAGUCUUUAAAAGGUUACGACAAUCACUUAGCCAGCACAUUCUGCGAAUGGUUAAUGGCUAUUUCUUUCUUAUUAUUCUUCUUAACAUACUUCCGAGAAUUCCAAAAGAUAUCAGUSAGCAUCAAAGUUUCCCCAAAAGAAUCCGAGGUAUUUUACCCAACAGAAGAUACUUCACAAGUUAUGUAAAACAAGUGUGGGAUUCCUGCUGUCUAUAUGGWCGAGAGGAACUGKUUCUUAAAGCGUAUAGUUAAGUGAAGUUAGACCAUGUUGGUUAGGGAAAAAAUGCGUUAGGAUCCUUGCUUUUUGAAGGAAAGAGGARAGUGGCAGCAGGACCCAGYCUCUUGUGGAAAAAUCGCUCAACAGAAAGACCAACGUAUUCACUAAUAGAGUAAUGUUGGGAUUCCUGUUUUUGAAAKGACUGGAGUUAUAGGGACUGGGAUSAAGUCCGAGUCCUCGAUGAUUCACAACACAGAUUGACCAUAGCUUUUGUAAUGAGGACUUGUUGACAUUCAACAACAAUAGAUAUAUUUACAGUAAGGUAAAUGUAGUUAUCUCUGUGUAGACAUCACAAAAAAUAAAGUAUUAUUGUACUCAUAACUUUAAUUGAAUCCUUCGUUUUCAAGUUACGUCACAGCGGCCAUCUCGGAGGAACUUGAACAAAGGAUUUCUCAUUAGUAUCUAUUGUUCAUUCCUCCAACAUGGCCACCAGUCUUUUAUCUUUUGAAUCUCAUGGGAAUAUUUGAAAUCGAUCAAUGUGGGUUCAUCAACUUUAGAUAUAAAGCUUUUUAAAAUUAA